AUGCCCAGCGACGUCAUGAUAACACCAAGUGUAAACCCCGUUAUGGGACUCCGUAGACAUACUUUUGAUCGGAGCAGCUUGUCAAAAGUCCCCAGUCUUCGGACUUCCCAGCUUCAAGCAAAUCUGCUGGCUAAUAGUUUAACCAAUCGAAUUAAGACACAUACCGUUAACAAGCCUUUUAUCCAACAUGGCGGACAAAGUGACUUGCUCCAUUUUGCCAGCCUUAAUAAGGAAAGAAAUUCGUUAUUCAGAGGUGGACGUCGUCUGACGUCAAGAGCUCGCGAGGACAGAAACAUUCGUCAUCAAGAUAGAAUGACUAGACAAAAUGAGUGGAAACUGCUGAGUCAUGCAGAUCUGUACACACAAAAUGGCGUCCCGGAAGUGGACUCAGGGAGUGUGAAAUCAGAAGCUUUGUCUUCGAGAAAUUCUGUUCAAAGUCUUCCGGUUCAAAGAUUAUCAUUGGGCGAAUCAGACGAUCAAAUCGGUAUGGAAAAACGCGGGGGAAUUUUCCAAUCGAUUCACAUGUUUGCUCCACAGCGUUACAAACACAACGUACAUGAAUCUCCGUUCAAAUCACCAAUCAUCGAAUAUGAAGAAAUUACCAUUCCUCAGUCUGGGUGCAUCAGUACCUACGAAUCCAAAAGAAACAGACGAAAAGAUCUCAGAGUAACUUUUAGCACCUCUAAUUCAGUCGUGGAUUGGAAUGAAUCAAUUCGACGAGCAGACGAUAACUUGAGUUCCAGAACAAAAUCUCGUGUUCCUAAAAUAUCCUACAUCUCAGACAAGGACAGAAUACCGGAAGUUGGUGUCGCUUGGGAUAUUACUCCAACCCUUUCCCACAAAACAUCAGUGUUACCAGGACAACUAAGUCGUGACCUCCAUCCCGUCACUUCCGGUAUGAAUAAAGAAGAAACCGUCAUUAUCCGCUUGAAAAUUAAGCAAAUAGUAGCAUAG